AGAGAAUUUGCACCUGUGUACGUGAAUGCGUUGUUGAAAUAGUAAUAGCAGCAAGCAGGCUCGACUAAACUCGCAUCGCAACGGUUUGUGUCAGUGUGGUAUCGGGCACUCGGCUAAAGGAUCGAGAGAUCUCUCGCGUUGACAGCGUGUGUCUGGUCAUAAGAUGACCUCGCCAGCGAAGAAAGUUAAGAAGCUCGAUGAGUCGAGCGACGGUGAUGGCGCCGCUGACAAUCGUGACUACGACAUCGAGAUACAAAAAGCACUGGAGGAAAUUGACGGCUGCCAAAAUCAGAUUGAUGGAUUGAACGAGAAAGCCAGCGAUGAGAUUCUCGAGGUUGAGAAGAAGUACAACAAGCUGCGCAAACCAUAUUUCCAGAAGCGUAGCGACAUCAUCAAGAGGAUACCUAAUUUCUGGGUUACCGCUUUUGUAAACAACAAAAAAAUUGCUGAUAUUUUGGAAGAGGAAGAGGAAGAUGCCUUGCGUUAUUUAAAUAAAUUGGAGGUAGAAGAAUUCGAAGACAUCAAGUCUGGAUAUAGAAUCAAUUUUUAUUUUGAGGAAAAUCCCUAUUUUAAAGAUGAAGUGCUUACUAAGGAGUUUCACCUUGGUUCGUCUGGAGAUCCGGUAUCUCUAAGUACAGCCAUUAACUGGAAGGAAGGAGCUGAUUUAUCUAAAAGAGCAAAGGCAAAGGCUGCUAUGAAAGGUAGAAAAAGGCCUCUUGGGCACAGGUCAUUCUUUGACUGGUUUACGGAUCAUGGAGAUCCAAGUUCUGAUGAAAUAGCUGAAUUGAUCAAAGAUGACCUCUGGCCAAAUCCUCUACAGUAUUAUUUGGCACCAGACAUGGAAAUUGAGAAUGGUAUUGAAGGUGAUGAAGUUGACACUGACGAUGAAGAAGAUGAAGACGAAGAUGGAGUGGAUGAGGAUGGGGCUGAUGAAGAAGGUGAGGGAGAGCUAGGUGAAGGAGAGGAAGGUGAUGAUAGUGUAGAAAUAAUGGAGGAUGCUGGGGAAGGAGAAGAGGAUGAGGAUGAUGAAGAUGCCACAAAUGAGAAUGAAGGUGUGCAUGACGAAGAGGAGUUUUUGGCGGAGGAUGAAGUUGAACGAGAGGGAGAGCACUUAGAUGGCGAAGAACCUGAAUAAAAUAUUUCUGACUUAAUUGUAAUUGACGCGGAAACAUAAAAGGACAAUCGUUGAACGUAAAUCUUUUCAAACGUGACUCUAAACCGUGAAAAAUUGCCUGGAGCUUCCAUCACUGACAAUUAAUGUUAUUUUAGUUGUAAGUGCUCUACAGCGAAAAUAUUCACGAAUAUCAGAUUAAAGAAUGUCGAUUAUUUCGAUUGUGAAGGAAACAAUUGAUGGUCACGGCCUACGCUGCAUCUUCAAGAGACUCAACACUAGGCCAAUUUUUAAGAUACAAAACUAAUUUAACGAAAAAAGAAAAAAAAAUUCACACUUUAAUUUUUAACGGAUAAGAUAGGUUUAAGAGCGCUGAGCUUCCAAAGCGAAGUUCCACAUUGUCGUUUUUUGUAUUCCUUUAUUUAUAAGUCGAUAUUGUAAAUAGUGACAGCGCAUGAUUUCUUCACGUUCAUGUCGGAACUUUGAACCCUCCAAUCUUCUAUUUGCUUUCAGUGCUCGAUUAGUUUUUUUUCUCUUUGGUUCAUUUGACUAUUUGUUCUUUACAUAAAAAUUCUGAUGUAAUAUUUAUCUGUAUUGAAGAUUCAGUAACAUAUUAUUUAAGAAUGUAUUUUUACAACUAUUUAGUUUGGUAUCGUCGAAUUAUUUGGAGCGCCUUGUAAAGGCAAAAUUUUCAUUUUUCUUUUUACUUUUUUUUUCUGCAAAUCUCAUCUUAUUUAAUAACGCAAAAAAAUAAAAACUUUUUUAUUUAAGCUGAAGGAAAAGAGUGUAACGAAAUACCGUCAUUUUCACAAAUAAAUUGUCGUUUUUAAAUUUACGUAACAUUUUAUUUUAUUUUCAAGUACCCUCUAUUUAUUUUCAAAUGACCAAAUUGAUUGUUUAUAAACGAAAUUGGAUAUUCGAGCUAAAUUUUGAUUGUGAAUACUUAUAACAAAGUCUAAACAAUAAUACAUUUUCAAGAUAUUCGUAAGAAUUUAUAAUAUGAUUCCUUCGCUUGGUUGUUGACGGAAAAUGAGUUUAUUUGCAUGUGUAAAUAACUAUGUGUAUUUUCAGGAUUAUUUUCAAGUACAAAGAGCACAUGUGAUGUAAUUAUUUUUUAGCAUAAUGAUAUUGAAAAUGUUUAAUAAAAACUAUGUAACUUGAGUUAAAACCGCUUAUUUUUUCAAGCUUAAAAGUCAUAUUUCACAGGCACAAAUUAAAUAUAUUAGUAAAAGUGAGAUAUUUUUACACAAUAUCAUUAAAUGUCAAACAUUCACUGUAUGCAAUGAAACGAUAAAUCCAUGUAAACUAGUGAAUCAAAUAAAAAAG